GAUAGGAAGAAAACAAGCAGUGUCCGAAGACUGACAGUUGAACGUGCCCGGGGAAGUCGUCUGUUUUUUGUUUCCCUCCUCCAACUUCCCAGCUUCUUCUACACGCCACAAACCAGCGCUCAGCACCAUGGAGGUUAGGAACAAGAAGGGACGGUUAUUGGCUUGAGGAUUACAUGAGAGACUUUGACCAGUUUUACGUCGUCGAGUCCCGACAUGGCCGACGAGUCAGCAGACGACGUUUGGAACCCUCAAGAACAAGUUUUCCACAACGCUGUGAGGGAGUAUGUUAUCUCCCUGCUGCUGUUCAUGGCCCUGUAUGGCAUCUCCUUCAUCGUGACGACUAAGUUCAGGAAACGGUCAGAGAGAGACGACUUCUAUCAGGCUGAUGACGAUGCCUGGGUAUACAGAAUAUCGUUGUGGAUCUGUACCUUCACCCUGGCCGUGUCGGCGGCCGCUGUGCUGCUGCUCCCCAUCUCCAUCAUCAGUAAUGAGAUCCUGCUCAUCUACCCCAAGAGCUGGUACAUGAAAUGGCUCAACAGUUCUCUUAUCCAUGGUCUAUGGAAUCAUGUAUUCCUGUUUUCCAACCUGUCUCUGUUCAUCUUGAUGCCGUUUGCAUACUUCUUCACCGAGUCAGAAGGUUUCAUGGGGUCCAAAAAGGGUAUCAUGGCGCGUGUGUAUGAGACAUUUGUAGUACUGUUCCUGUUGGGAGUGUUAGUGGUAGGACUGGUGUGGGUGGCCUCAGCACUACUGGACCAAGACACAGCCAGUCGGGAGUCACUCCUCAAUUUUUGGAACUUCUACCUGCCAUACCUGUAUUCCUGCAUAUCACUGCUGGGUGUUUUGCUGCUGCUAGUUUGUACUCCACUUGGUUUUGCCAGACUCUUUACAGUAGUUGGGCAGCUACUGGUCAAGCCCAGGUCCUCGGAGCCAGGUCUGUUUUAUCACGUGACCAAGUGGUCGCCACACCUGGUGGUCAUAGACGUCCUCAAUAACCGCUUGGACUUCAUGACCAACAUAGAAGAAGACAUCUACUCAGCAAAGUUUGAGGAAGACAAUCUACUAAGGAAACUUAAAGACAAGCUGAGUCCCAUCAGUCUCCCAGACAAACAGGACCUGAGAAAACGUCUUCUGGAGGUGCAGACAGAGAGGAAGAAACUUGAGAGAAGACAGAAGGCAUCAGCCUGGCAGAGGAACCUGGGCUAUCCUCUGGUCAUGUUGUUACUGCUGGCCCUGACUGGUACAGCAGUGUUUAUUGUGUCUAUCCACACCCUGGGCCUGCUCUUCGGAGGUGCUGCUCUACCAGUGGGAGUCCAGGACAUAGGUCUGGGCCAGGCGUCCCUGUCCAUGUUUGGAGUUCUGGGAGCGUCGGUGGAGAUUGUCCUGAUCCUGUACUUAAUGGUGGCGUCUGUGGUGGGGUUCUACAGUGUACCACUCUUCAGCAGAAUAAGACCUACCAAAGCUAACACACCAAUGACUAUGGUGAUAGCAAACUGCCUUGUGCUGUUGACAAUGAGUUCUGCCUUACCAGUACUGUCAAGAACCAUUGGGAUCACCCACUUUGACCUGUUGGGGUACUUUGGUCGCUUCAACUGGCUGGGUAAUUUCUACAUCGUGCUGUUGUACAAUGUGGUGUUCGCAGUGGGAACAGGACUGUGUCUAGUCAAGAAGUUCUCCGUGUCCGUGCGGAGAGAACUGUACGCACGGCUCAGAAUGUACAGCCCCGUCACACGCAGACGACAGUCACGGACAGAAUCCAUGAGCGCCGCCGUGGCACACACAGCCAAUGGCAUGACUGCUACCAUGGCAGCAAGUUUGAAUCCAGCCAAUGAAACUGGAGCUGCCACGGCAACAGGUUCAAACUCGACCAAUGAGAAUUUGUCUAACGGAACUGCGCACUCGAUCAAAUCAGACUGAUUUUUUUUUUCAGGCCUACAAGACAACCCCGUACAUUUCCAAUUGGGCAAAAUUACAUGACGUUACGGACUUUCUUUGAGCUUUUUUUUUUGCAGGAGUACAUUUUGUAGCAGCUUUUGUUCCCAUCUUGCUGUGAAUACUGGUUGAAGAGGAAUUAAAGAGGCAGUGUCUGAGAAUUGGAAAAGCACAAGGAGGAGCAAAGAGUGGAAACAAAACAUGUACUGGAAUGGAUUAAAAAAGACAAGGUUUCGAGUGUGUUGACUUUACAACUAUUGAAGGAGGAUUGAACAGAGAAACGUAUAACAGUGAAAUGAGGAAGUCAUAUAGAAGAGUACAUUGUUGCUGACUUGCUAUAGUAGUCAGUACUACAUAGAGCAUCUAAAAUUGCUCUGUUGUGUGUCAUAAAUAAUUGUUUUUUUGCCACCAUGAAAGAAAAAGUAUGCAGUUUGCUGUGAAGUUUUAUGCACAAUUAUACAAUAUAAGCACCAUGAAGUAUUAUGUAUUAUGUGGAUAAUCCCUAGAUACUGUUUCUGCUAAGCCUGGCAACAGUUGACUUAAUUAGCCAUUAGUCACUUUUUUUGGCGACGCCUCAGGGGCGGAGGCAUUUUUUUAGCUUCGUAAGCAGCUACUUGCAGUGGUUACUAAGCACCACAGCAGAACUAGAAGGUAAAGAAAUAGAGAUUUUUGUUGAUUUGAAAACUUUGAAAAACAGCCAAGAGAUGCUUUUUGCUUGUUAUCUUCAUUUUUAUUUACACAGUUGCUUUUGUAAUUAGCGUAUCUUUGUUUGAGAAAGCUCCAUGGCAUAUAAUGUCUAUGAAGUUUCAGACCCAUCUUACGAAAAAGACAUGAUGGCCAGUUGUAAUGUUGAAAAAAACAAACAGUGUUUCAAACUCUACCUUUUUAGUUUCUUGCUUUAUUUUUAAAUGUAAAGCUUUGUAUUGACUUUUGUAAAUCCAUUCAUAGAACUAAUUCUGUAAAUAAUCACUUGUGUACAAAUUUGUUCACUCUUUUUUUAGAGUGAUUUUCUGUGAGAAUCAAAUCUUAUGAUUAAUUAGCCCAACUGUCCUAAUCAUCUCAGUCUGUACAGCUUCAUGUGUAUUGUUUAUUUUUGCUAUCAUUAACCUCUGUAAAGCAUGACUGUGUAUCCUGUUAAUGUAUCCUUUGAGUUGUGUCAUGGACUUAGCACCAAAACUGCAAGAUGUUGUAGUUUAUACUAGGGUUGUCAGCCACAUAUUUUUGUCAAAUUCAACUUCACGAGUCAGUUACUGUACAGUAGUUCUGCGUAGUACCUAAACCCACAUUUAGGUUCAGGUCAGAAUUCAAGUCCAGAGGUUUAGGUUCAGUUCUGGACUCGUAAGUCCGGACCUAAACCCAUGGCAUGUACAAAAUUGCAUGUUGGCAACUUUGCAGUGUUGUAUGGGCAGAACUUUGGCCACAUAACAUGGAGGCCGACACUUGACGAUGCCCAAUGGCAGUGUUU